AUGAUCGCGCUCAUUGUUCUCAACUUUGUUGUGCACGUCUGCGCUUGCGGUUCCACUAUUGAUGAGGAAGAACUGAUAAGAGACCAGAGAUUUCUGUGGAACAUGAGCCAAUGGGAUGCGUGGGUACCCGACGACGACAACAAAAGUAUGCUGGAGUGGAUCGCGCUGUACAAAAAUAUGACGCAGCAAGUGGAAGGCUGGGAUGAGUCUUCUGCUAAGGCUAAUGAGGGGUUUCCAAGUGAAUGGGAUGACCUCAUUCUCAUACGUGUAGCAUAUGGAGAGGGCAUGGUCGGUGUACCUCCUCCGCCUUGGGCCUACGCUCCGAACAACUACGGCCGUCCAGACUUCUGCUUCCAGUUUCCAGCUAAGGGCAAUUGUAACGACACUAUGAUUAGAUGGGGCUUCAAUCCAGCAACCCAAAGAUGCCAUCAGUUCCUAUACAGCGGUUGUGGGGGCAACGACAAUAACUUCGGAUACAAAGCCAGCUGUUUGCGGGCGUGUGCCAGCGUCCCAGAGUCGCCAUGCGACAAAGAGGGGGUGGAUUUCGUGGACAUGCUGCAUGGAUAUUUUGCAUCUGACAAUCCCUAG